AUGGUCAACCUCCAGGGCAAGCGCGCACUCAUCACCGGCGGGACACGCGGCGUCGGUGCUCUCGUGGCCAGCCUUCUCGCUCAGCGCGGGGUCCGUCUUGCACUCAACUACGCGAGCAACAAGGAGCGCGCUGAGGGCACCCUCAAGAACCUCGCAGGUGACGGACACGCGGUCGUGCAGGGUGACGCGUUCACUCGUGAGGGAAUCGCCGACAUUGUCAAGGGCGCCAAGGAGGCCCUUGGCGGUAUCGACAUUGUCGUGUCCAACGCUGGGUGGACUGCCUUUUCCCCCAACUUUAACGACAUUGACGCUAUCUCGGACGCCGACUGGCUGCAGUGCUACAACGCCAACGUGAUGUCUCAUUUGUGGCUCAUGCAGGCCGUGCAGGCCGAGCUCAAGGCGAACAACGGCAGCUUUGUCGUCUCGGCGUCGGCGGCGGGUCUCAAGCCAUCCGGUUCCUCUAUGGCAUACUCGGUCUCAAAGGCCGCCACCAUCCACCUCACAAAGUCGCUCGCCGUGGCGUCCGCACCAGAAGUGCGCGUCAAUGCUGUUGCGGCCGGCCUCAUGCUCACCGAGUGGAGCCAGGGCUUCACAGAGGAGAAGCUCAAAAAGGUCCGCGAGCGCAACGUCCUCAAGAAGAUCACGGACAUUGAGGAUGUCGCGAUGCAGUACGUUUCGCUUAUCGAGAACGGGUCUAUGACUGGUCAGGUUAUCCAGGUCAACUCGUCCAUGUAG